UAGGCCAGAGGUGUUGGAGGUGAGGUGUUGAGCCUGAGGGCACUCCAGGUAGGUGCUCCAUGGCUGUCCUGGGGCUCACCAGGAGGCAGCCUCACCCUAGGCUGCUGUUGCUGUUGAUAUGCCUUCCACUCAGCCUGAGUCUAGAGCUGAUCCCCUACAAACCACAGAUAACAGCCUGGGACCUGGGAGGGAAGGUCACAGCCACCACGUUCUCCCUGGAGCAACCGCGCUGUGUCUUUGAUGGGCAUGCCUCACCCAACGAUUCCAUCUGGCUGGUGGUAUCUUUCAGCAAUGACUCCAGAAACUUCCAGAACCCACAGACCCCUGCUAAGAUCCCAGCCUCACCACAGCUUCUGACUGAUGGCUACUAUAUGACAUUGCCCCUGUCCCUGGAACAGUUGCCCUGUGAGGACCUAACAGGAGGCCUCUCAGUGCUUCGAGUGGGCAAUGACUUCAGCUGUCACCAGCAGCCCUAUUGCAACGCACCCCUCCCGCACCCAGGUCCUUACAGUGUGAAGUUCCUUCUGAUGGAAGCCAGUGGAACACCCAAGGCUGAGACAAAGUGGUCGGACCCCAUCUAUCUCUACCAAGGGAAGUCCCCGACCUCCAUUGACACGUGGCCCGGGCGACGGAGCAGCUGUAUGAUCAUCAUAACUUCCAUCCUGUCUUCCCUGGCUGGCCUCCUCCUCCUGGCUUUCCUGGCAGCCUCCACUGUGCGCUUCUCCAGUCUGUGGUGGCCAGAAGAAGCCCCUGAGCAGCUACGGAUUGGCUCCUUCAUGGGGAAGCGCUACAUGACCCACCACAUCCCACCCAGUGAGGCUGCCACACUUCCUGUGGGCUGCGAGCCCGGCCUGGACUCCCUUCCCAGUCUCAGCCCGUAGCUUGAUCUCCGAAGCUUGGACCUUGGAGAGGGGGCAGGGAGCAAGCACAUCUCUCCCACCCCUGCACAGGCACCUCCGUCUCAUCUGGUCAUACCUGUGUGGCUGUUUGUUUCCCUCUCCAGGCAUCUGUUUUUAAGGGCACUUGGAUCUGGUCAAGUUCAGGCUGGGUUCUGCUUGACCUGCAAAGAAGGCUGGAGGCAGAUGAGUAGACAUCCCUGAUCUUAACCAGAGAAACUUUGAGUCCUCAAGAGGAGCUAGGUGUGGUGGCACAGGCCUGUGAUCUCAGCACUUAGGAGGCUGAGGCAGGCUAGUCUGAGCUGCAUAGUGAGACUGUCUCAAAAAUAUCAAACCAAAGGCAUGGGCAUAGUGGCACACAUAGUGGCCUUGCUCUGCUGAAUGCAGUAGGUUGUGCUGGGACUAUCAUGGGGCAUAUGAUGCCGGGUCACCCUCUGUCCUGUCCAGCCUCAAGGGCUGGGGUGUAGCUGUCAGGGGCACCACCUUUGUCCCUGGAUCCUGGCUUUUUCUGGAGAUGAGACUCAUCAGUGUGAAAGCUAGUUAGAGUAAAUGGAUAUUAAUGGCGGUCCAGUUGGUUCAGGCACUUAUCCGUUCACUCCACAUCAUUUAUUGAGCAUCUGCUGUAUGUCACAUCAUUUUUCCGGCACCUGCUAUAUGCCACGCACGGUGUUAGAUAUGGGGCCUCAAGCAAAGGUGGUUGUGACUCGGGGAGUCUCCCUGACUUUGAAUCUUAGAUCUAGAUGGGACUUGUUAGUGUUGGGGAGAUGUCACGCCCUCAGAUUGACCAGACUUCAUUUUAUCUCACCACAGUGGGCUCCCUAGGACCCCACUACACACCAUCACAGGAAAAGGUCGCCAGGAUCAUUUCUGCGUGAAGCCUGUAGUGGCUAAUACCACACGGGGGCGAGCACGCACUGCGGUCGAGCGCCUGCAGGGCUGCGUAUGCGCACUCCUGGCCAUAGCGCUACGGGGGCCAAACCAGUAACAGCCUUACCUGUGUGCCCUUAAGUCGCAGAGCCACCACGGUUUCCUCAGUGGGGACACCUCAGUGAGUUGUUUGCUUUCUUUAUCCAGCCACACUGCCCCGCGCCCCACUGGGCUAUCCUUCCAGGCCCUGUC